CAAGCAGCCUUUUCAACCGCAGUGAGUAGAAUCCCACUAGGAGACAAAAAGUCAUUCAACCUGCACGGUGUUGAGGAUGAAAGAAGCUUUGCUCGGUUUUCUUUGCCAGUCCAGCUGCUCAAACUUUGCAGAGAAAGUGAGAAACUUCAAGGUUUGCUGCCUCCUUUGAUUCCUCUGAUGAUGCUGAGCUCAGAUAUUUGUCGUCUGUGAAAAAAGGAAACGAGAUCCUCACUUCAUUAUCAGGGAGGCGACCGAGAAGCCGAUUCCAGUAAUUCGCCCUUCCAUGAAAGAGGUGUGAACAUCGCCCUCCGAGGCACCUUGAGCUGCUCCGUCACAUGGACACUGAACAGCUGCUGCCUUCAGCGUCUCAUCUCGGCAAGAAAGUCGGACCGCUCGGGAGCGACCGCACCGACGAGGCUGAAUAACUUGUUUGCAUCGAGGCGCCGAGCACUUGGCAACUGGUGAGGAUGAGAGACAGUGUGAGGACCUACCUGUAUUUGACAAGUGUGUUUUUCACCUCAUUGGAGAGAGGAGCGCAGAGGGAAAAAGUCGGCGAGAGGGAGCAGGGGAGGGGAAGAGGCAGCCAGCGAGGGAAGGUGUGAAGCUGCGUGAGGAGACACAGAGACGAGAGAAGACGCACAAAGCUGAGGACGACACAGGGAGAAGGAAACUGACAGAACUCUGCAGGACUGGAGAAGGAGUAAAGGGAGACAAUCGGCGAAUCAAAGAGCCGGCUAAACACCCAUUUAUGCUGGAGGGUGGUGCUUUGUCAGAUCCAUACAGGGGAAAACUUCAAGUUCUACACGUGGGCUCACACAGAAAACACAGCACCAUGGAGAACAGCACCUUCGGCAACACGUCGCACGUCGGAAUGACCGCUCACGGCCUUUGGGAGGUGAUCGCCAUCGCCACGGUGUCGGCCAUCGUCAGCCUGAUAACCAUCGUUGGUAACGUGCUGGUGCUGCUGUCGUUCAAAGUGAACAGCCAGCUGAAGACUGUGAACAACUACUACCUCCUGAGUUUGGCCUUCGCUGACCUCAUCAUCGGCGUGCUGUCCAUGAACUUGUACACCACAUACAUACUGAUGGGUUACUGGUCCUUGGGGAACCUGGCGUGUGACCUCUGGCUUGCAGUGGAUUAUGUGGCCAGCAACGCUUCGGUCAUGAACCUGCUCGUCAUCAGCUUCGACAGGUACUUCUCCAUCACGAGGCCGCUGACCUACCGGGCAAAGAGGACUCCAAAGAGAGCCGCCAUCAUGAUCGGACUCGCAUGGAUGGUGUCUUUUGUCCUCUGGGCGCCACCCAUCCUGUGCUGGCAGUACUUUGUAGGAGAGAGAAAAGUGCCUAAGGAACAGUGUCAGAUCCAGUUCUUGACCGAGCCUGUGAUCACAUUUGGAACCGCCAUCGCUGCUUUCUACAUCCCCGUCUCUGUUAUGACUAUCCUGUACUGCAGGAUCUACAAGGAGACGCAGAGACGCACCAAAGACCUGGCAGAGCUGCAAGGCCUCGCGACAGAAAAUAUUCCAGAAGGAAUUAAACCGCAGAAAACUCUCAUUCACUCCUGCUUUCAUUUCACCAGAGAGAGGAGGGACCGGAGUCAGGCCUCCUGGUCCUCAUCCAACCAAAGCAACGCCACCAAGACGACCACCAGGUCCGACGAGGCGUGGGCCAAAGCCGACCAGAUCACUUCCUUCAACAGCUACACCUCAUCUGAGGAGGAGGAGCACCACGCUUCACUGGAGACUCCACAGGGGUCUUUCAAAGAGCAAAGCAGUGGGCAAAGUAAUAAGAACGGGCAAGUGACUGAUUAUGCAGAAGAUCAGUUUUUCUCCUCUCCUCAGAAGAGGAACAGCAAAAAGGGCAUCGCUUAUAAAUUCAGACCUGGCUCAAAGGGUCAAAAGACCAGUCCCCCACCUGCAGCACCCUGCCUGCCGGAAACAGAGCCGCCCGCCCCACACGCCUCCCCGUCAGCCUCCUCCACCACCUCCAAACCCAUGGACCCCGUCCUGAAGAGCCAGAUCACCAAGAGGAAGAGGAUGGUGCUGGUGAAGGAGAAGAAAGCGGCCCAGACUCUCAGCGCCAUCCUCCUGGCCUUCAUCCUCACGUGGACGCCGUACAACAUCAUGGUGCUCAUCUCCACCUUCUGCACCGAGUGCAUCCCCAUGUCCCUGUGGCACCUGGGCUACUGGCUGUGCUACGUCAACAGCACCAUCAACCCCAUGUGCUACGCCCUGUGCAACAAAACCUUCCAGAAGACCUUCCGCAUGCUGCUGCUCUGCCAGUGGAGGAGGAGGAGGAGAGGCGAGGACAAGCUGUACUGGUGCGGACAAAACCCAAACGCCAACAAUAAAGUGACUUGAUGUGGUGCCGCAGCCUCGUCCCAGACUUUUGCCUCCCCGUGGAGUUUCUUGAUAUAUACUGUAGUUGGUGGUUCAUGUUCAGCAUGAAGUGCUGCAUGUGAUUUUUGUGUUAGAAGUACAUGUUGGUGGGAAAUGUGCUGAGCCUGAUGCAGCACGGAAAACUGCUGCUCCAGAUUAUUACAGAUAAAAAAAAAACCUGAUGAAGGUGGUUACACAUUCUGGUUCAGUUUAAAGAACAUGUUCCGAUAUUUAGGUCUAUUUUGAAAAGAGGACUCCAUCUUCAAGUGUGUUUACAGGCUUUGGGUAGUAGAUGUAAACCUUUAUAUAGAAAAAAGUUUAGUAAGUUAGAACAAUGUGUGGAAUCAACAGUACAAUAUAUUUAUAUAAAUAUAUACAUUCAUACAUUCAUACAAAAUUAAUCUAAUUUAAUCACAGUUAUUGAAUAAGUUUCCUGAGGAGGUGAACACUUAUAUAAGCACUUUAUUCUUUAAGUCUUUUCAUUUCCUUUAGUUGCUGUAGAGUCCAUUUGCUUUCUGAUAUAAUCCAUAAAUUGACCCCAGUUCUAUAUACAUUUACAAUAAGAACCCUUUAGCUAUAACCACACCUCUGGGUCUUAUAAGAGGAUUUUAGAGAAGAACAAGUACACACUUUAAAUAUUACAAAUUUUGCGCAGAAUGAGGACUGUCGUUUUUGUCCCCCAGGAGGAAUGAUUACAAGGACAACACACAUUUAAUUCACACAUUUUGAAUCUAUUUAAAUUAUGUAUAACAACAUAAAUACAUGUAUGUUGUUUACAAGUCUCUGAACAUGUUCUUUGAACCUCACCCGAUCCUAGUUUAUUCUAAUGCUCACUUGCACUGUAUAUAAAGGACAUCAUGUAGGCGUACACAUUUAAAACAAUUUAAAAUAUAAAGAACACGUUUCACAGAUUCUGUUCACAAAUGGUAAAUGUAAAUUGAUUAGUAUAUAUAGAGUAUUAAUAUAUAUAUAUAAAAGUGGUCAAGUGAAUAUUUUUCCUUUCUUUACUCUUGCUAUGGAUGUUUGAUCUUGUGCUCAAGGGCUAAUCUGUGCACUUACUGCAUUAGUUUCACAGUGGUAACAUGACAUGUGAGCGUGUCCGUGGAUCACACCUCUGCUCUCCUCAAUAUUCACGUUGCUGUGUAGAAAAAGGUGUCUGAAGCUGGAUUACCACCGUGUCCCUCCGAUUGGAUGAGUGAUGCUGUUGUUAAUCUACUGCACUUUCCUGUUGUUUAUGAUGUGAUGUCAAAGUGUAUCUAACCCUGUGCCUUUGGUUCUGCUCUGAGGCUUCGUGGAGGAAUCUGUGCUCCUCGUUCGUCCGUGAAAUGUUGUGAAAGUGAGUCUGUGUGUACUGAUAUGAACCAAGAAACACAAUUUCAAAAGGCAGAGUUAUAAUUCUCCUUUUUUUUUUAUUUUAAGCGUCAACUUGUUAAAUCUGAUCUGAACUUUCUAAUUUGAAACUCUUCCUUUUGAGAAAAUCACCUUCAACUCCAAAAGUCGACGUGUAAAACGAACAGGCCGGAGGAGGAGACGUGCACAUAGCGUGACUGUGGCCCAGGGAAGAAGAGAUCUGUAAUUUCCUCUCUAAUAUUAAAGAAGAAUAAGGAGAAAUCAUAUACAUGGUAUAAACUGAGUUUCUUUGCUUUCUAGGUGUUAGAUAAAAACCUUCUAUUCAAUUAAAUCCAAUGAGGUAUAGUGAGCGUGAAAAACUUCAUUCAGGCUUCAGCCGCUAAUUUGAAUCAGCACCUGAAGAAAGGAUUUGUAGGAUUUUAGGAGGCCUGAGGCCAAAUUGUUGAUUAUUUCAAAAUAGGAAGCAAAG